UAGAGAAACUCGAAACAGAAGAAGAAGAAGAACAAAGUGUAAAAUUCAGUGACAAGUGCGUUUAAAGCUGGGAAAUCUCAUUUCCUGGCCAAAUCCGGUAACUUGGUGUCUCUGAAGGUGCACAAUACAGUGGUGGUGAACGUUUUAGGGCCUCCUUCCGCCAGGCCCACAGUGGAGAAAAGGAAGAAAAUUCGACUUUUCCUGCUCCGCGGGCUUUGUGCAAAACAAUGGUGGAUUGUGGCGAGAAAUCGCAGGAAGUUAUACCAGUCACCUGGCUGGAUGACGAUGAUAUCGAUAAAUUGGACCUGUCCCUCAACAUUGAUGCCGCCAACAUGUUCUUCAAUCGGGUGGACAGUGCUGAGAUUAUUUACCAGGCCAGGAAGAAGACCUGUAAGAUGGUGGGAAAAUAUGUGAUGGGAGAUGUCUUAGGUGAGGGAUCAUACGGGAAGGUGAAGGAAGUGCUGGAUUCCGAGACACUCAGCCGCCGAGCUGUAAAGAUCCUGACAAAGCGAAAACUGAGACGAAUCCCCAAUGGGGAACAAAAUGUGAGGCGAGAGAUUCAGUUGUUGCGCAAUCUCAAACACAAGAAUGUGAUCGAACUCCUGGAUGUACUGUACAAUGAGGAGAAGCAGAAAAUGUACCUCAUCAUGGAGUACUGCGUGGGGGGACUGCAGGAAAUGCUGGAUUCGGCGCCGGAAAAACGCUUGCCGCUGUUUCAGGCGCACAGGUACUUUGUGCAACUCCUAAAUGGGCUGGAAUACCUGCAUGGCUGUGGAGUCAUUCACAAGGACAUCAAGCCAGGGAAUCUUCUGCUAACACUAGAUCACACUCUCAAGAUCUCGGACUUUGGUGUGGCAGAGGCUCUGGAGCCCUUUGCUCUGGAUGACACGUGUACAACGGGUCAGGGAUCACCGGCAUUUCAGCCACCAGAAAUUGCCAAUGGGCAGGAGUCCUUUGCCGGCUUCAAAGUAGACAUCUGGAGCAGUGGUGUGACUCUCUAUAAUAUCACCACUGGCCAGUAUCCAUUUGAGGGAGACAAUAUCUAUAGGUUGCUGGAGAACAUCGGCAAGUCUCAGUGGGAGCCGCCAGAGUCACUGUAUAAACUCGAUAGGCACCUCACAACACUGAUCCUGGGGAUGCUCCAGGCUGAUCCCGACCAUCGAUUCACAUUGCCACAAAUUCGUAACCAUCCAUGGUUCAUCGGAGCACCGGAGAAGACUGGGCCCCCAAUCCCAUUCCCACCACUCAAAGGGGAUGAAUUACGACGUUCCACAGUACUGCCUUAUCUAGAAGCUUAUCAUUAUGCCACCGAUCGUGACAAUGAAGAUGUCUACUUCACCGAGCACGAUUUAAACCAGCAACUUGCAAAACAAGCUGCAGCCCAUAGAAGUGCAGCAAAGUCAAAGCACGGAAGUGUUAGCGGUGGCAGUAGCAACACAAAGAAACGACAACGUAAGCCCGUUUCUUGUAUUUCCGUACGAAAAUUGACCAGCUGUCGUCCAUCGUGAGAAUUAAUCCUUAGCAAUUUUGUGACCUUUUGCUCCUUUUGUUUAUAUCCGUAUUAUUUUCGUCAUUGUAAAAUAUUCUCGUGAGAUGAUUUUAGUGAAUUAUAAUGGAUAAAAAAAUUAUACAAAUACAAUUAAAUGAAAAA